UUCUGACUGGAAUAUUAUUGAUUUCCUUGAAGAGUGUGACUUGGAACUUUAUAGAAAAAAAAUUGAAGAAUACCUUUUAUCACUCAAAACAAUUAUUAAAAUAGAGAAAGAUCAAAAUAGUGUGAUAGAGAUCUCCGAGCUCUCUAUCACUCAAGUCUCUGAGCUGAGCCACAAAGAAAGUGUUGGAACACAGGCGAUCUUUGAGCUUGUCUGA